CGGUGUAUAUGCACACACGUCCUGCGGGCGGCGCUGUGCGCGUGAUUGUGAAAGCGCGUCUCUCCAGCUGAUGCCGUUGACUGUUCUCUCACCCUGAAAGUGCUCAGUUUUGUCAGAAACUUCUGGAAGUGGCAUCUUUUGGUCUAGAGCUCUAACCAAAGUCCUAUUUUGUUGUCUGAAGAUGUCUGGAGCGGGUGUUUUGUGGGUGUGUGUGCUGGUGGUGUGUGUGUCCGCGGUGUGUGAGGCUGGAUGUGCGAACAGAAUCGAUCCGACCUGCUGCCCGGGCCGAAAUAACGACUGUUCGGACAGGAGCUUCCGGAGAACCGUGUGUUACUGCGACACGUACUGCCGGAGAAGCGGAGACUGCUGUGAAGAUUAUAAUACCGUGUGUCACGUCUCUGCAGCUAAAGACUGUGAGGUCACACUGUGGGGUGCCUGGUCUCCAUGUUCAUCCGUCUGUGGGGCGGGGACUACAGAGCGGAGCCGACAGGUGGCUACACCCCCUCGCAAUGGAGGCACGCCCUGUCCUGACCUCAAACAGCGCAGAGGGUGUUUCGCACCCACCGACACGUGCAGCGCAGCUAAAGAGGUGGCCAAAAUCCUGCCUGACUCAUUCAAGCGGAACUUUAAGGACCCUUGGAGACGGCCGCAUAUGCUUAUGAAGGAGGAGAAGAAGAGUUAUUGUGUGCAGAUGCGUGUGAAGCAGGCGAGUGCUGCAUGUAAGGUGAGACCGUGGAGCGCAGGUUUGAUUCAUGAGCGCUCCGUAUGUGUUGAGUGUCAAAGCGAUGCCAUGGCGACUGAUAACCGCUGUCGUGGAGACGGGCUGCAGAACAUCAGAACCUUCUGGGCUGCUGCUCAGGCACCGGGCUGCUCUGGGUCGUGGGUUCGAGAGUCACUCACUGAGAACUGCCGGUGUCCAUCAUACUCUGUGAUUUUCGUCUGAAGCAACCUUUAAAAGCUCAUUUUGAGGGACACUUUAUUCCACAGGAGUCUUCAAGAGCCUCCUCCUUUUGAAGCCAAAUUCUCUCCAUCAAAGGUUAAGCAAUGACGCCCCAGUAUACCUGUCACUUUAUCUGUUUCCCCACCAAAACAACUGCUUUUCUCUGCUGUCUACCUCCACAAUGCACCUGCACCCGUUUCUAAUGGCUCACUUUGUCUACUCUCUCGACUGUCUUCUGAUUCAUAUGUACUGUAUUUAUAUAUGUUUGAAUGUAAUGCCCGUGCGUCUGUUUUGUGUGUGUGUUUGUAAAUGCACGAGUCAAGCUAAUGUAUGUGAAUGUUUUUGUAGUAUUUCGUUUUCCAAGAACUUUAUCUUUGAGUUUUUCCAAGUGUCCUGAUCUGAAUACAUUGAACUUUCACUUGUGGCUUGAAAGUUUCAGAAACCACACUCGAUUCCUCUUAAAAAUGUUUACUAUUAUAGUGUAAAAGCUAAUCAGCCAAAAUUGUGGUUAAAUUGUCACCCCACAAGGACAAAAAUACUAUAAUAAUUAAUAGCAAACCAUUCUAUAGUAAAGUACUGCAAUAAACUCUUGUGGUGAUUCUAUAGUUGCUAUUUUGUACAUAUAUGUGAUACGCCACAGUUUACUGUAGUAAAAACUAAAUUAUACUACAGUAUUCACUACAGUUUAUCAGUUCACUACAGUUAAAGGUGCUGUAUGUAAGAUUUUGACUCUUCUAAAGCAGUAAAAAGCCAU